UCCAAACCCACCCAAGUUUACCCUGCACCCACUCACCCACCCAGUCCUACGACUACUACUACACAUCACUUUGUUCAUCGCCCACGACAUUGCAAUAUCCUGUUCGACAUUCAAGUUCUUCUUCUUUUGCCUGCACCACUUUCCGAUCGCUCCUUUCUCCUCAUUACUCGACCGGAUGCGAGCUCGCGCAAGCCCACCAUAGUCCACAGGCUCUGGGCCUCUGUUCCCUUCCUCUUUGCCCCUCCUCCCAAUCACUCCCGCAAUGGCCGAUCACCAAAGCGUCCAAGAUGGCUUCGCCCCGGUUUUCAAGGCUCUCGCUACCAUGCAGAGUAAUCUGUCCGGUAAAGAAAAGACGCAGGCACACGAAUUUUUAGAAAAGUUUCAGAAAUCGUCCGAGGCGUGGAAUGCCACACACGCCAUCCUUCAAGACUCCAAAGCUCCUGUUGAAGCCAGGCUCUUCGCUGCCACCACUUUAAAGGGAAAGAUCACAUAUGACCUUCACCAACUCCCUCCAGAUGCCUUAACGCCCCUCCGAGAUUCGUUAAUAUCUCUACUACAGCUUUAUCUUCCUGGUCCAAGACCCAUUAGAAUUCAAAUCAAUGUCUGUUUGGCCAGUCUUGCAAUUCAAUUACCAUCAUGGAAGGACGUGGUGUCUACAAUCGGCUCCGCCGUGGGCAAUUCCUUCGAGGGCGGAGAUUGUUUGCUUGAUUUCCUCCGAAUUCUCCCAGAAGAGGUCAUUGAUGGCCGCAAAAUCAACAUCUCAGUAUGUCCGACCGCGCAGCAUUUUGUCUUCGGCCUCCCAUCCACCUCACCCUGGCCGACGAUCACAGUCUAAUUCACCAUGUGCAAUAUAGGAAGAGGAUCUUGCAGCAAGAACCAUGGAACUCCUGGAAAGCAAUGCCAAUCAGGUCCUCCAACUUUUGAUUAGCUAUUCCCAGUCCUCUCGACAAGCUGCCAGAAAUCCUCACCUGUACUCCUGUUUAGCCUCGUGGCUCCGGGAAAUUUCCGCUCUCGACAUUGUCAAUUCGCCUCUGCUCAAAGAGAUCACCGAUGCUCUUGAGGAUAGCGCAUCCUUUGACGCCGCCGUGGACUGCUUGUGCAGCAUGUUCCGGGACACUCGGGACGUCGAUGAAUCCCUUCCGGUCAUCAGCAAAUUAUACCCUGCCAUCUUGAUCAGAAGACCCUUCAUUCAGGAGGCCGCUGCGACAGAAGAUCUUGACAUGAUGAAAGGCAUUACGAGACUCUAUGCCGAGGCAGGCGAGGCCUGGAUGGUUCUAAUUGCUCGUCAGCCAGAUCAGUUCAAAGACCUGGUCGAAUGUGUCCUAGAAUGCUGUGUGCGCGACAGAGAUCGAGAAGCCAUUUCCACAACCUUUAUUUUCUGGUACGAGCUAAAGCAGAUCCUCGUUCUGGAAAAGUACGCUCAAUCUAAGGCCAAGAUUGCUCCUCUUUUCUCACAGCUCGUCGACGUCAUGAUCAAGCAUCUCGAAUUUCCCACCCCAGAAGACGGCAAUGAGAAGGAUUUGUUUGACGGUGAUCGUGAACAAGAAGACAAGUUCCGCGCCUUCAGGCAUAGCAUGGGCGAUGUUCUCAAGGAUGCCUGCGAAGUGGUCGGCGUUACUGAAUGUCUGACAAAAUCCUUUGCCCUAAUCCAAAAAUGGGGUCAAUCCUACGCCUCGCAUGUCUCUGGCAACACCGUCCCCCAUUGGCAGGAACUCGAAGCACCCCUCUUCAGCCUCAGAGCAAUGGGACGCAUGGUCGGUCCUGAGGAAGGCACAGUCUUGCCGCAGGUCAUACCCCUCCUCACAACUGUACCUGAUCAUGAAAAGCUCAAGUUUCAGGCCAUCAUGGCUCUGGCCCGUUAUACUGAGUGGACUGCUCAGCAUCCUGAGACUCUCGAGUCUCAACUUACCUAUGUCAUAUCCGGUUUCAAUCACCCGGCCUUGGAAGUGGUUCAGGCUUCAGCGCUAGCUUUCAAGUUCCUUGGAACUGAUUGCGCACGGCUUUUGGGAGACCACAUUCCCCAGCUACAUCAAUUCUACGAAGGUGUGAUAGACAAACUGAAACCUUCAAGUCAAGAAGAGGUGACCGAAGGCGUUGCUGCAGUGGUUGGAGUGCAGCCAGUUGAUCAUAUCUACGCAUCUUUGAAGCUCUUCUGCGACCCUGUCAUGAACAGAGUGGUUUCGCUCGCUCAACACGCCAAGGAUGAAGCCGCUGAGAAGCAAGUAGCUGACUAUCUAGGCCUCAUCACCAUCUUCUUCGACUAUGUUCAGCCAUAUGUUUCACCACAGGAGGCAAACCCAGCAGUCAAAUACUGCCAGGAAAUCCUACCUGCCUUGUCAGGCAUCGCCAAACACUUUACAAAGUCGAUUCCCAUCUUGGAGCGAGUUUGCAAGUGCUGGAGAACCAUGAUAAUCUCCUAUCGGACCGCUACUGCGCCACUACUGCCAGCUCUUGCUACCAGCAUUGCCGAAGGAUUUGAGACUUCUCGCCAGGGAGCAUUUCUGUGGGCCACCAAUGCGGUCAUUCGAGAAUUUUCAUAUGGUGCUGAAUUCGUUGACGAGGCCACCAGUGAAAAUGUGUACCAAUUCUUCGCCCAGCAAGCUACGGUUUUCUUCCGUAUUUUGGCCGACCUACAGCCUGUUGAGCUCCCUGAUAUCAUCGAAGAUUUCUUCCGUUUAGCGUCAGAUGCCAUCAGAUACUAUCCGGCGAAAGCUAUUACAUCGCACUUGGCAGAGCCCAUGGUACAGGCAUCCCUGACUGCGCUGACGCUUCAAUCGCUGGAGCCAGUUCUGGCCUCGUUGCAUUUCCUCCGAGACUUCCUUGACUUCGGCUUUGACCAUCCUCCGAUCUCGAACUUCAAUGGACCCAAUGGUGAACCAACUCCCGUGACACCGCUCGAAGUGCGAAGCGCUGUCAAGCGAGUUCUCAGCACCACUGGACAGCAACUGGUUCAUCGGGUGUUGACAGGCAUGAUGUUUAGUUUCCCCGAAGACGUGUUUCCAGAUGCGUCAGCCGUCCUGCUGUCUCUCUUCAGUCUGGUUCCCCAAGCUGCUGCACAAUGGGUCCAAAAUACACUGCAGCUCCUUCCAGCGGGCACUCUGAAACCUGCAGAGGCGAACAAGCUGAUGAAGGGAAUCUCAGACAAGCUGGAGCAGAACGAGUCAAGAAAAGUGCGUGUCCUCCUGCAAGAUUUCACGAAUUCAUACAGACGAAGAAAUGUGGCUCCUCGAGAGGGGUUGGGACGGUUAGAGGCAAGCAAGUUCCGAUUUAGUGGAUGAGGAACGAUGGUGGAGAAUUGAACAGUACCUUGGCUUCGAAUAUGGUCGACCCAAAGGUUUGGCCAGGUCGGUGAUGCUGUUUCUGUGGCACCAGGAGCACCCACAGCGCCGGCGGAUGGCUCAGCUCUUUUGUUGAAGUUGUUCAGAAAGUUGCCUUCUGCCACAUUGUGAGAGCGUUCGACUCUGACCGACCUGGUCUACGCAGAUUGGCCGAAAGCCAGAAAUUAAUCGCGACGUCCUCAUAGCUAGCGACUAUGCUCUCUGUCUCAUCACACACUGUGGUCGAUUAGCUUUGAAGAGGCGAUCGAAACUAAAGGUGGAGUCUUACUGCAAAGCAGACAUGAUUUACGCGAACAACCGUCAGUCAUGGGCAUGGCAAGGCGUCGGGAAAUCUAAGACACAUAGAUGUUCGACUCUGGAUGGCCCACAGAGAUUGAACAUCUGUAACUCAGGGCUAUACAAUAUUAGCAAUCUAGCUAGCUAUUCACACUAGCGCCACGGAUGAUGAAGAAUCAGAACAUUUGUAUGCCACCAGUAAAC